GAAAGAGUAAAGCAGGAGCGCUACAUUCUUAACGCUAGACAGAAGUUCGAACCUACUCCCACCAUGAAGCCUGGUAUUCGAGUGGUGAGGGGACCCGACUGGACUUACGAAGAUCAGGACGGAGGUGAAGGUCAUGUGGGCACUGUAGUGCAGGUCCCAGGGAAGGACGACUCUUCAACUCCUGAUAAACAUGUCACAGUUUUGUGGGACAAUGGAAACAGACAUCAGUACAGGGCGGGUGCUGAAAACGCCUAUGAUCUCCAUGUUUUCGACAACGCCACUGCAGGAGUUACUCAUCCUAUCAUCUGCAACGGAUGUAAAGACAUUGGAAUGAAAGGGUUACGAUGGAAGUGUAACAGCUGUGAAAAUUACGACCUAUGUAACAAAUGUUACGGAACAGAUCAACACGAACUGAGUCAUCAGUUCAGCAGAUAUGACACACGGGCCUCCAACGGAAUAUUAGUUCCAGCACGAAGCCAAAGUCAAGAUGAUAAAAUUAGAGCCAUGGGAAUUUUUACUGGAGCAACAGUUUGCAGAGGCUCUGAUUGGAAAUGGGAGGACCAGGACGGCGGUGAAGGUCAACAAGGGAUUGUCAAGGAGGAUGGGAAACCACCUUAUCGUUCAUUGGUCAUAGUACAGUGGGCGUCUGGUAAAAAAGCAGACUAUCGAGUAGGGGCUGAUGGGAACGUUGACCUCAAAUGUCUAGCCCCAGCAUCAGGUGGAUAUUACUAUAAGAGUCACCUUCCAGCAUUAGGCAAAACAGAGGUAUGUGCAGGCAAGGAAGGAGCAGAGUCAUUUCUAGAAAUGAUGCAAGAGCUGGGAUCUUCCAUGUUUAAUCCCCUCAGGGGAGAUGAGCUGGCAUCAUCCUUGUUCAAUCCACUGAGAGGUUUGGAAUUGAUGAGUAAAUUGUCAGAGAAAAAGGUUACAUCUUCUGGGUUCUCUGAAAUACGUAAAGGCAUGAGAGUGGUCAGGGGACCUGACUGGAAAUGGAAAGAUCAGGACGGGGGAGAAGGCCACAUAGGAAUUGUCAAGAAGGUCAUCCGAUUACCCCAGAAGAGUUCAGUGAAAGUGAUUUGGGAGUCAGGUGACUCAAAUAUUUACCGAGCUGGAUCCGAUGAUUGCUAUGAUCUUCUGGUCUACGACAGCGCACCUAGCGGUAUCAAACAUCUGAAUGUUAUGUGCGAUGAGUGUAAACAGGAACCUAUUUAUGGCGCGCGCUGGAAGUGUGCUGACUGCGACAACUUUGACCUGUGCACAGCCUGUUACAACAUGGACAAACAUGACCUAACACACGCCUUUCUGCGGAUGGAUAAGCAAUCCUCCAGAGCAGUGCCAGUACCAAAGCGUUGUGAGAGUGUUAAAGUGACAGCGAAAGGAAUAUUUGAAGGUGCUCAAGUCAAGCGUGGAAAGCACUGGAAAUGGGAUGAUGUGGAUGGUGGGAAAGAUAAGGAAGGUUUAGUGGUCAAGAUCAUCAAAUGGACCCCAGAGACACGCAGAAGUGGAGCAAUGGUCCAGUGGGAUGGGCCAUCACACAAACCUGUUGCGCAUCGGUUGGGACACAAAGGCAAGAUGGAUCUGAAGUUUUCCAAGCCCGUGGACGGUGGCCACUACUACAAAUCACAUUUGGCUCUCCUAGGUAAACGCGAGAAAGUUCCCCAAAAGUUCAAAGUUGGCGACAAGGUGAACAUCAUCAUCGAUGUGGAGGCUGUCAAAAGGAUGCAAGAAGAUCAUGGAGGCUGGAACGAAGGAAUGAUCAAAUAUAUGAAAAAAGUUGGUACGAUCAAGAGAGUCGAUGACUUUGGUGUUGUUAUCGUGAAAUACGAUGAUGAUAAAAAGUUGGUCUAUAAUCAGGAUGUUUUAAAUCUGGUCUGGCUAAACCCAGAGGUAAAGCAAGAGCCCACCAGUAGCCAAGAACAGACAACUCCAAGCAGCUCUCAGCGAGAUUCAGCGCCAUCUAGCUCUGUUGAUAAGAUGGACGAACGCGACAGCAGUAGUGAGCUAAAAGCAGUCCAGCCCCAGUGCAAGAUUUGUCUUAGCCGUGACGCUAGUGUAGCCUUUGUCCCUUGUGGUCAUCUGGUCAGCUGUCCUACAUGCGCCGAAGGAGUGGACAAAUGUCCAAUCUGCAGAGCAGACAUAAAACAAUGGCUUCGCACAUAUAUACAGUAAAGUGAAACAAAUAAAGUAUAGUCUCUUUUUAUUUAUAAUAAAUAUGAUUUAUAUUUACCAUCGGUUCAUAACAAUUCUAAGAGUUUAAAAUCAAUGCUACAUUUACCUCUCUGUUUUCAGAUGCAAUAGAAAAAUCUUCGAUAUUGUUGCUAUUAAUAUUAUCAAUUUCUUUUAAAUAUUUGUUGUUUUUAGUCCUUUUUUUUUCUUGUUUUUAUUUCUUGUUUUGUUUUACUACUUUUUUAUAGUGUUAUGUAAUUAUUAUAUAAUCUAAUUAGUUCGGCCAUCCUUAUUUAAUGAUGAUCAUAAAGUGAAAUACACUUAGAUAUUGAUUGAAGGGAAGAGGAGUCGCGGAUCACUCUAUCUUUUUUAUUCUAAAUCUCUUCUUUUUUCGAAAUUUCAAAUAAAAAAUUACUCAUAUAAAGUAUUGAGGGCGCGGUAGCUGAGCGGUAAAGCGCUUGGCUUCUGUACUGACGGUCCCAGGUUCGAAUCCUGGUAAAGACUGGGAUUUUUAUGUUGUGAUUUUCGGGCGCCCUUGAGUCCACCCAGCUCUAAUGGGUACCUGACAUUUGUUGGAAAAGUAAAGGCGGUUGGUCGUUGUGCUGGCCACAUGACACCCACGUUAACCGUUGGCCACAGAAUCAGAUGACCUUUAUAUCAUCUGACCUAUAGACCACAAGGUCUGAAAGAGGAACUUUUUUUUAAAUAUGAAGUAUUAAUAUAAUUAUUUAUCUUAUAGAAGACAAAAUGUCCUAUUGUUUUUCUGUUAUUUUUUUUCAAAUGUUAGGUUGCAAAAUUAUUUUUAUAUCAACAAAAGUUUUCUUAAUAUUCAAUCUUUACAUCUAGAUUAUACUUUCAUCCUUGAAUAUUUUUAUUUUGUAAUAUAGGAACUUGUUAAAUGUUUAUUGUUUUUAUGCCAUUUAUAUUAUUUAUGUAGAAUAAAGAUUUUUUAAAGAAUAAAAUAUGCGAAAAUUGCUUCA